CUGGCAGGACGUUCUUGUGGCGCAGUUGGGAUAACUUGUCUGUGUUUCUAAGAUUCAGUGUGGGUUUUGGGGGGAAGUGGGUGGCAAAAGGGGGCGGAUAGGGAGGGCAGGAAGGGCCUUGGCGGCCCUGGGCCUGAACCAUGCAGGAAGACACUGAUUAUGAUGCCCAGACACAAACACCGAGUUCUUCAGGGCAGGCACACUGGUAUGCCCACAUGAGGGCCUUUAGCCUGGGCUAUGGGUGCCUUGAGGAACAAAUCGAGCAAUGUCCUAAAUCCUUCAUCCCGUAUAUACCCGAGAAACUGUUCGAAAGGGCGUCCAGCACAGGUUAUUUGUCUACAGUGGAUCCCUUGAUCACCUCCGGUAAAUACCAAGUGGAUAAUCAGGACAGCAGAAGAAGCAAAGGAACAUCUUUCAAAGAACCAGAACAGAGAAGUAAGAAGCAUAUCAGGUUUAAUGAAGUGAAGGGAAGAGCUAAACAGAAGACUUCAAUCAGGUUCUCAGACAAACCUGAUGUUUCUUGGUCUAUGACAGAGGGCGGUGUUAUUACGCAGAAAAUGACUGAAGGGAAGAAGAAACAUGAUAGAAAAAAUGCACAAGUGCAUUCAAGACUUCCUUCGGUCAAGAAGAAGGAGGACAUAAAGGAGCAAGCUGAUUGGCAUCACACACGAUGGAAGAAACUCCUCAGAAAUUAUAUAAAAGAUAUACUGAGGGAGGAAUUGGCUGUAGAACAUGCAAAGAUGAGGGAACUUCUCAGAAAGGAUGUAGAGGAAAUUAGGGGACUACUCAGGAAUGAAUUAAGCCAAAUAUGUAUGGAUCAGGUAGCUCUGCUGAAGGAGCAGACAAAGGAGAUACAACAGGCUCACCGGAAUCUGCAGUACUUAUGGCUGAAGGACCUCUUCAGAAGGGACCUAAAAGAGAUGGUUUGGAAACAGAUUAAAAACUCCAAAAUUAUCAUUUGUCCUAAAGAAGAGCCACUACCUGGCCCCUCUCAAGGAACUACAGACUUCCAGAGAACUGCCCCGGAACAAGAAACAAAGAAAAACUCUAAAGGUGCCCAUGACAGUGCCCCUGCACAUUCAGGAAAGUCCGUGGUGCAAACAGAGGAGGAAAGUGUGGAUGGCCAGAAUGAUUCCCACUGUACGCCUCUAAAGGAUCUCAUCAAAGAAGAUUUAAAAGAAAAUUUUUGUGAAAUUCUUGAAAAAUAUACAUGUGAUACAUGUAUGAAGAAAGAACUACCUCAUACCUUUAAAGGAAGAAAACAGUUAAGGAAAAUAUCUACAGAACAAAAACUAAAGAAGAAAUAUGACAGCAAGUCCCUAUAUUCAGAGCAGCCUGCUACCAAGACAGUGAAAAAAGUAGAACAUGAGCAUGGUGAAUUGCAGUAUGUGCAUCUUGCAGAAGUCAUUAAAAAAGAAUUCAAAGUGAGAACUUGUGAAGUUCUUGGAAAAUAUGAAACUAAUGUUUGCCCUAGGGAAGAAGCUCUACCCCAUGGCUCUAAGAAAAAAACAAGAUCAAAGGUUGAAGAAAAGACCUCAGGGUAUCUGUAUGCACCCCAUUUUAGCUCAUUUGAGCAUAGAAUUGCUGCACUGAGGGCUACUGCACACGUCGAACCGGCUCCUGCUGCCUGUGCUGGUUAUGCAGGUGAUGCUGCAGUUGAUCAACAGUACCUUGAAGCAAUCAAGUUAAUAUCUAUGUUGAAAUUGAAAUGAAAUUUAUGCCCUGGCAAUGCUGAGGCUUCAUGGGCAGCCCAUAUAUGGCAGUUCUGUUGAAUUUGUUCAUAUUGGGUUUCAUGGUCUAAGAUGACGAGGACAGCUGACCAGAUCUCUCCCUCAAUAUCUGUAUUAGAAAGAACUGAAAAACACAUACAAACUUUAAAGGAAAAAAUAUUUUUCUAAAAGAGUACACUGUACUUACUGAAAUCUGCACACAAAUUGUUAAUA